GACACCAAGCUGAACAAGUUCCUGUGGAGCAACGGCAUCCGCAACGUGCCCCGCCGCGUGCGCGUGCGCCUGUCCCGCAAGCGCAGUGAGGACGAGGAUGCCAAGGAGAAGAUGUUCACCUUGGUCCAGCACGUGCCUGUCGAGAGCUUCAAGGGGCUCGAAACGGAAAACGUCCGGGAUGAGUGA